CGUCAGAAAAGCGGCUUAAAGGCGACGCGUGGCGCGAUGGCGGCGUUCUCCGGCGGGUUGCGCGGGCUGCGGUUCCUGCCGCUGCUCCUGCUGCUGCCGCUGCCGCCCGGUGGCCCGCGGGGCACCGACGGCUACUUCCCUGAGGAGCGCUGGAGCCCCGAGUCCCCGCUGCAGGCGCCGCGCGUGCUCAUCGCGCUGCUGGCGCGGAACGCGGCGCCCGCGCUGCCGGCCAUGCUGGGCGCCCUGGAGCGGCUGCGCCACCCACGGGAGCGCACGGCGUUAUGGGUGGCCACGGAUCACAACACGGACAACACUUCAGCCAUACUCCGAGAGUGGCUGGUGGCUGUAAAGGGUUUGUACCACUCUGUGGAGUGGCGGCCAGCGGAAGAGCCCAGUUCCUACCCAGAUGAAGAGGGCCCCAAACACUGGUCUGACUCCCGCUACGAACAUGUCAUGAAGUUGCGCCAGGCGGCUCUCAAGUCAGCUCGGGAUAUGUGGGCUGAUUACAUCAUGUUUGUGGACAGUGACAACUUGAUCACCAACCCUGACACCCUGAGUCUCCUCAUUGCUGAGAACAAGACAGUGGUGGCCCCGAUGCUGGAUUCCCGUGCAGCGUACUCCAACUUCUGGUGUGGGAUGACUUCGCAGGGCUACUACAAGCGCACCCCUGCCUACAUCCCCAUCCGGAAACGAGACCGCAGAGGCUGCUUUGCCGUUCCCAUGGUGCACUCCACCUUUCUCAUCGACCUGCGGAAGGAGGCGUCCAGGAGCCUGGCCUUCUAUCCACCGCACCCUGACUACACCUGGUCUUUUGACGACAUCAUUGUGUUUGCCUUCUCCUGCAAGCAGGCAGAGGUACAGAUGUACGUGUGCAAUAAGGAGGUGUACGGCUUCCUGCCCGUGCCUCUGCGUGCGCAUAGCAGCCUGCAGGACGAGGCAGAGAGCUUCAUGCACGUGCAGCUGGAAGUCAUGGUAAAGCACCCGCCAGUGCAGCUGUCCCGGUUCAUCUCAGCACCCAGCAAGACUGCAGACAAGAUGGGCUUUGACGAGGUCUUCAUGAUCAACCUGAAGCGGAGGCGGGACCGGCGAGAACGCAUGCUGCGGGCCCUGCAUGAGCAAGAGAUCGACUGCAAGCUGGUGGAGGCCGUGGAUGGCAAAGCCAUGAACACCAGCCAGGUGGAGGCCCUGGGCAUCCAGAUGCUGCCUGGCUACCGGGACCCCUACCACGGGCGACCCCUCACCAAGGGAGAGCUGGGCUGCUUCCUCAGCCACUACAACAUCUGGAGGGAGGUGGUCGACCGGGGACUGCAGAAAUCCCUCGUGUUUGAGGAUGAUCUGCGUUUUGAGAUCUUCUUCAAGAGACGGCUGAUGAACCUCAUGCGGGAUGUGGAGCGCGAGGGUUUGGACUGGGACCUCAUAUACGUGGGCCGGAAGCGCAUGCAGGUGGAGCAGCCGGAAAAGGCCGUGCCCCGCGUGAGGAACCUGGUGGAGGCAGACUACUCCUACUGGACGCUCGCCUACGUGAUCUCCCUGCAGGGUGCUCGCAAAUUGCUUGGAGCCAAGCCGCUGGCCAAAAUGCUGCCAGUUGACGAGUUCCUGCCCGUCAUGUUUGACAAGCACCCAGUGUCAGAAUAUAAGACUCACUUCUCUCCCCGCAACCUGCGCGCCUUCUCCGUAGAGCCGCUCCUCGUCUAUCCUACACACUAUACGGGGGACGACGGCUAUGUGAGCGACACGGAGACCUCAGUUGUGUGGAAUAACGAGCAGGUUAAGACUGACUGGGACCGAGCCAAGUCCCAGAAGAUGCGAGAGCAGCAGGCGCUGAGCCGAGAGGCCAAGAACUCUGACGUGCUGCAAUCCCCACUGGACAGUGCCGCUCGGGACGAGCUCUGAGGCAGCUGGCAAAAGGCUGUGGCUGCCGGGAUCACAGGGCCACCCAGGCAGACCGUAGAGGACUCUGUAGCAGACGGCUUCGUCUCCUGCUCAGCAGUCACUUGCACACUGGCACUAUUAAUGGAAUGUUCACUGUGCCAGGAACGGGCUGGGCACUGGGAGGUUGUCUGUCGCUCCGUUGUGUCCACCGCGAAGGAAGGUUUGUUAGAGCAGUGAACAGGCUUAGCGCUUCCUGCAUCAGGGAUUGAUUUGAACAUUGGGUGGUUAGUGAUCAGGCCGAGUCAGAUAUUAGGGAUGCACACUUAUUUUAAAAUCUUUAUUGAGGACAUACUGUGUGUUGGGCACCAUUCUUAGCCCUAGGGAUACAGAAAUAAGAAAAGUCGACGUGCCAGGCACCUGAUGACGCCAGGUCUUGGGCAACACCGAGUUGAGUACCUGUGUGUCGCCCAUUAGGUGCUGGGGGUGGUGGUCCCAUUGGUGCUCCCCCUUCCAUGGGCUGACGUGCUGAGUGCAAGGACAGAGCAGACAGAAAUGUCUUCGUGUAACAGGCCUUUAUUGAGUGCUUAUGGCGUGUCAGGCCUUGAGGACUCUCAGCCUGUCUGUGAGAGGACAGCAUCUUCCCCUUGUCCAGAGGGACGCUGCUCUCCUUACACUUGCCUGCUGGGUUUCAGGGUACUGGUGGCCUUGCCAGCCCCCCUGGAGGGGUGUCACGGGGGAUGGGGCUCCCUUGCCCACCCCUGGCUUCCAUAGCUCCUCCCUGCCCUUGUGUCUCAGGUGUCCCCUGCUUGCUCUUGUGCAUUUGGGGCCUUGAAGUGGCCCAGCUGCAUUGGGGUGUUCUUAUUUGCCUUGGCUGUAUGUUUCCUCGCAGGGCCAGGGGGUCACUGUGCCUUCAAAGCCAGAUCAGAUGUCAGCAGGCAGAAGGUCUCACCUCUAGGGGAUGACUGCCCGCUCAGAUCUUGGUAACUUGCUCACGGUUGUAUUAAAUACUCCUGGUUGGUUUGGCUGAA